AAGACAAAAUGCGACGAGAGGAAACCUGGAUGCGCCCGGUGUGAGGAGCGAGGAAUCCAGUGCCCAGGCUACGCCCUCAACGUCCGCUGGUCGCGAAAGCACCAAGUCCGCGUCGACCAAAAAGCCGUAGCUGAAGGCUCACCCAGACAACGAGGACCUCGAGAGUCCGCAUCUCAAACAAGUCCACAGCCCAUCGAAGCCGCUUCGCCAACCUCAAACCAUGUCGACACCAACGUACUGCAACACGUGGACCCAUGGCUCGCAAAUCCCUUACAGUGGGAUCUUCCUGCUCUGCCACAGGACAUGCCCUCCCUUAAUGCUUCGUCGUGCGCUUUACUUCUUAGCAGCCAGAAUGCAAUUCCCACAACGCCAUUCUGGGAUGCGCCCUUUGUUAGCUCAGCCUGGACUGUUGAUGGCCACAGCCCGACGACGUCGUCAUCUCAAGCUGAGGACCGGGAGAUGGAUCAUCUGUUCCAGAGUGAAAGCUCCGCGGUCAAUGUUCAGGAGAGCAGUAUUCUGCCCUCGUUUGAUGAUACUCAAUCCAGGUCAUGUAAGCAACUUCUAGAGAGCAGCCCACGAGAACUCUCCCAUCUCCCAACCUCGCUCUCCGAAUACUUCUUCCGCGAGGUCAUCACACUCUACUGCGCCUGGGACAGCAAGACAAACGUGAUGCGCAACAUUGUCGAGACAAUGUGGCAGUCCUCCGGCGCCUUAUACCACACCAUCCAGAGCAUGGCCGCCGCCUGCCUCUCAGAAGACUUUCCGCACCUCUUACCCGUCGCCCGAAGAGAACAUGGCAACGCCCUCAGACUCAUCCGCGAUCGACCGUCGGCAUUACCUUUGUCAACCUCAAUGACUACAACACACAAGCGGGCCAUGCUUCUCUCGUCAACGCUCCUAGGCCACACAUCAAGCUGGCUCAGCCCCCAGAACCUCGCAACAGACAUGUUCAGAGCGAGCUGCAGCAUGCUCAAAGACGUCUCCGCCGAGACGUGCGGCAGCGACGCAGACGCGAGCUUAUCCUUCUUCAGCGAUACCAUGGACUACUGGGCCAUGCUGCUCGCCUACCUGACGGACAGCACUCAACUGGGCGACUACCACCACACCACAUCCAUCGGCCCGGCGGACCCGUCAAAGUCGAUUGUGCCGCACCCGUACUCGGGCAUAUCCCACGCCACCGUCCGACUGCUGACUGACACGGGCAUCCUCAUCUUCCAGUACCGGAAACACAUGGCCUCCGUCAAGUUCCUCACCGAGACGGACCUCGAUGUCUUCCGCGCUGCUCUACGCUCCGCACGACAACUCGAGCGCGCGUUUCUUGCGCAUCGUCCGCCUGAUUUGUCUCGCGUCACGGACCCGGGUGAUCCCAAGACCCCACUGCGGCAUCUGGAACUUAUCGACGAGGCGUAUCGGUGUACCGGUCUCCUACAGCUGUAUCGCGUGUUUCCAGAUUUGUUGAAUGAGCGGUAUGCACCGUGGGACAGGGAACGGCUUCUACGUCCGGUUCCGAUGUCUGCGACCGCGGGAUCGGGGUUGGACAGCAACAAGAUUCCGUCCGCGAGAGAGAGGAGGACGUGGUUGACGAAGCUUGCAAUGUACAUCCUCGGCAUCUUGCGCGAUAUACCCUUCGAAUCACGGACGCGUAGCGCGCAACCUUUCAUCAUGGUGGCUAUCUCGAGCGAGUUGAGGAGAGAGCCGCAGCACCUAAGACAGCCUGAUGCUAUGUACGGUGAGGCUGGGGCGGAUGUGCUGGAUAUUGAUCCCGCGUCUAUCGAGGUGGCGAGGGCGCGCAAGUUUGUGCGGUCGCGGCUGGCGGCUUAUACGCACAUUUUGCCGCUUCGGAAGAGUCGAGUCAUUUCUGAGUUGAUUGAUCACACGUGGGCGGCGCUGGAUGCGGGUGAAGAGGAUGUGUAUUGGCUCGAUAUCGCGCGUGAGAAGAAUCUUGGGACGAUGAUGGGCUAG